UGAUUAAAUUGGAAUUUUGUUUUCAUUUCUAUUUUUUCUGUUCCAAGCUCGUAUAAUCGUAAUUCAAACCAACAAUGAAGCUGUUUUUUAUAUUAUUGUUGAGUUACUGUAUUGUCAAUACUCAUGCUUUGGAUCAGGUCGAUGAGCACGCAGUAUCACCAAUCACUGAGGCCAUCAUCGAGAUCAUCUCUAAAAUGGUUGCACGAGGCGAACUCUUAAUUCCUGAUUGGGACAGCAAAGCUUCAAUUGAGAUAAACACAAUUAAUUUGGCUGAUAAAUCACUGGAAGCUGGUUAUAUACUUGGUUGGAAUCCUGAUAAAGAUAUUGAAGACAACCUGGUUAAUGUUGCUGAAGCUUACUUUAAACUGAUUCCCAUCGAAGGACUCAAUGUAACAAAAUCAGUAAAAGAUAAUGUUAUUAUCUUGGUGGAUGGCAUUUUCAAAUUAUAUCCAUUUUCUGCUUUAAGACACAAACCUGAACUUAAGCAAUCGAUUGUUGACCGGAUUCUAAAUGCUUUGACUCUUAUUCCAGAAAUUGAUAUUAAUCAAAGUGUCCAUAAUGACAUAACUUCAUGGAUUGAGUCUGCAAUUGCAAAAGUUCAAAUUAUAGACCCAUCAGCCCCAGCUGAGAAAACUGUUAACUACCUGAUUGAUACACUGUUUGAUGAGAUUAAAUUGCCUGGUUUCAGUUCGGACAAGACUUUGCAUGAUAAUGUUGCAGAUAUACUGAGAAGUAUUCUGUCUAAUUCAGCCGACUUAUAAUGAUAACUAAUUUUGACGAAUCGGUAAUUUUUGUAUUUGACUGCUAAUAAAAACAAUCAGAGCAACUUUUUAUUCACACAAA